GAGCUGCGUCACAUCCGGCGCCAGGGCGCCAGAUUCCGGAAGAGGCUGCACAGUUGUGGCGGCGGGAUCUCUGUUGGUGAUUAGUGUCUUUGCUGACAGAGUGGUGACAUACACGGCAGCAUCAUGGUUGAGGAAGUACAGAAACAUUCUGUGCAUACACUUGUGUUCAGGUCAUUGAAGAGGACCCAUGACAUGUUUGUAGCUGAUAAUGGAAAACCUGUGCCUUUGGAUGAAGAGAGUCACAAACGAAAAAUGGCAAUCAAGCUGCGGAAUGAGUAUGGUCCUGUGUUGCAUAUGCCUACUUCAAAAGAAAAUUUUAAAGAGAAGGGCCCUCAGAAUGCAUCGGAUUCAUAUGGUCAUAAACAAUAUCCUGCCAAUCAAGGACAAGAAGUUGAAUAUUUGGUGACGGGUACACAUCCCUACCCACCUGGACCUGGGGUUGCUUUAACUGCAGAUACUAAGAUCCAAAGAAUGCCAAGUGAAUCAGCCGCACAGUCCUUAGCUGUGGCAUUACCUUCCUCUCAGGCCAGGGUUGACGCAAACCGCAGUGCACCUGCUGGAAGUGAAUACCGACAUCCUGGGGCCUCUGACCGUUCUCAGCCUGCAGGGAUGACUUCAGCUGUUAUGGAGGUUGGCAAUGCCAAGAACUCUGCACUGAUGGCUAAAAAAGCCCCUACAAUGCCAAAACCCCAGUGGCACCCACCAUGGAAACUCUACAGGGUGAUCAGUGGGCAUCUGGGCUGGGUUCGAUGUAUUGCUGUGGAACCUGGAAAUCAGUGGUUUGUUACUGGAUCUGCUGACAGAACUAUAAAGAUCUGGGACUUGGCUAGUGGCAAACUAAAACUGUCAUUAACUGGGCACAUCAGUACAGUGCGUGGUGUGAUAGUAAGCUCAAGGAGCCCAUACCUGUUCUCCUGUGGAGAAGACAAACAAGUCAAAUGCUGGGACCUUGAAUAUAAUAAGGUUAUAAGGCACUAUCAUGGACAUCUAAGUGCAGUGUAUGGUUUGGAUUUGCACCCAACAAUUGAUGUGCUGGUAACCUGUAGUCGAGAUUCAACUGCACGGAUUUGGGAUGUGAGAACGAAAGCCAGUGUACACACAUUAUCUGGACACACAAACGCAGUUGCUACAGUGAGGUGUCAAGCUGCAGAACCACAAAUUAUUACUGGAAGCCAUGACACUACAAUACGAUUAUGGGAUCUGGUGGCUGGAAAAACAAGAGUCACAUUAACAAAUCACAAGAAAUCAGUCAGGGCCGUGGUGUUACAUCCAAGACAUUACACGUUUGCAUCUGGUUCUCCAGAUAACAUAAAACAGUGGAAAUUCCCUGAUGGAAGUUUUAUUCAAAAUCUUUCUGGUCAUAAUGCUAUUAUUAACACAUUGACAGUAAAUUCUGAUGGAGUGCUUGUAUCUGGAGCUGACAAUGGCACUAUGCAUCUUUGGGACUGGAGGACCGGCUACAAUUUCCAGAGAGUUCAUGCAGCAGUGCAGCCUGGGUCUUUGGACAGCGAAUCAGGAAUAUUUGCUUGUGCUUUUGACCAGUCUGAAAGUCGGUUACUAACAGCUGAAGCUGAUAAAACCAUUAAAGUGUACAGAGAGGAUGAUACAGCAACAGAAGAAACUCAUCCAGUCAGCUGGAAGCCAGAAAUUAUCAAGAGAAAGAGAUUUUAAUGUGGCAUUGUCUUCAUGGUGGUUUCUUUUCUUUUUUUUAGCUUGUCAUUGAUGAGGAUAUCCAGUCAUUUUGUUCUAUGGCUAGAGAUGUAAAGCAGAAACUCAAAUGCUUGAAUCAUUGCUGCUUCAUAUUUUACAAUAAACUGCCCCUCCCCCCUAUGUUUUUAUUUCUAAAAUAAACAAUUUGAGAUCCUAGGAAGUAAGAUGCAGAUAUCAAGCAUAUGCAAGUUUGUUGAAAAUAACUAUUCUAAAAAUACAAAUUUUGUCAAUUUUUAUUAAAAGAAAUCUUUUUUUUAACUUACAGAACUGCUUACUAUAAUUUAAACAUGUUUUGAGCAGAGCAUUCAUUUUUUUUAAUCCCUUGGAAACUAGGUAUCUGUGACUGAUAAUUUGAGAUUAAAGGAUUUGAAGUCUCAAUAUAUGUAUAUUUAUUCCACAAACAGUAUUUGAGUGCAUGCUCUGCAAAGUUCUGCACUAGAUACUGUUCAGGAAAUAAAAAAUAAGAUGUGUCUGUCUUCCAAGACUUCCCAGUUUAGUAGCUUAUUAUAGAAUGUUGUAAUACAGGUUUACAUGAAAAGGUGGGGUAGUACAGAGGAAAAGACCAUUAAUGCUUCCUGGGAGGAUUGCGGAAGACUUUAAUGGUGGAAGUGGUUAUUUGAACUGAGCCUUGACAGGGCAGACAAGGAAAAGGGUAUUCUAAGAGGAGGCAUAAAGUGAAUGAAACCAGACAUGUGCAAGUGUGGUGUGUUCUGGAAGCAAAGUCUGUGCUGCAGUUGAGUGAGUACGACUGGUUGGUAGUUGGGAAAUCUCCUGUUUGGGUCUGGAUUUUAUUCCAUAAGCAGUAGGAUGCCAGUAUAGGUAUCAAAACCUGGAGAAAUAACUGACGAUACUAGUAGAAGCAUUUGAAGCUGUAGCAAGGGCUGCAGUCUUUCAUGAAGACUAUAAACUAAUACCUAUGCCUCCUGGUAAAUACGAAUUUGUAAACCCUGCCCUUAGGGUCCUGAUUCCCCAUCAGUCAAGAUUUGUCAAACUUUCUAUAGUUAGAAAAUAUGGUUAUAAGAACAAAUGAUUUAAAUUCCUUUUCAAAAUAAAAAGUUGCAUCAUAAUUUUCAAUAAGCGUUUCCAAAUUAUAUACAUCCCAUCUUGCAUGCCAUAGGUGGGAGUAUAAUUAUUACAACAUUUAGGUGGGUAGUUUUCCAGAGUAUAUUGAAAAUGCUUGAACUCUUUUGCUAACUUUUCAUUAGAAAUGAAAUUUCUAGGAAGCUGCCUAAUAGGAAUAAUCUGGUAAGUGUACACAAGAAAGUUCAUUGCACCAUUGUUCUUUAAUAGUUAAAACUAGCCCAGAUGUCCUAUCAAAUCAAUAAGGGACUGGUUUAAUAGAUUGUGGUACCUUCAUGCAAUUUAUUUCUAUCAAUUAAGAGUGAGGAAUGUCUGGACUAAUAAGAUGUUCAAACUUUGCUCUUAAGGAAGAAAAGUUGUGCAAGCAUUUUUUUGUAAAAUGACUUGUUAAUUCUCUAAAAAAUAAUGGAGAAGUAGCUCCACAUUGUUAUCAGUGGCUUUGUGAGGGAGUGGAAUUAAUGGGAGAACUUUCACGAUCUGCUUUAUAUAUUUCUAUAAUGUUUUAAUUUUUUAAAAGCAUGUAUUUUGUAAACUUAAAUAAAGAAGAACCCCACUACACUUGCA